AUGCCUAAAUCCAACCCACAAAUACUACACCCAUACCUGGCUCUACACCACUCCAAAUCCUAUCGGAGGCCUUCAAAGCGACGCUCCUCUCUAAAAGUUGUCCACCCAGACAGAAGCGCACCCCCUCCUAAACUGAAGCCAAAGGUGACCAGCCCUUCCCUGAGACCCCCUGCCUGCCCUCUGACCCCACAGACUGUAGUCUGGCUGGCCGUGGUAACCGGCUCCUGUUUCUUCCCUGCUCUACUUGGCCCAGGCCCGGGUGUGUCUGCUGGAGAGACUUGGGGCAUGGUCUCCAUCUGUCCCUUCCACUGUGUGUGCCGAAACCUCUCAGAGUCUCUGAGCACGCUCUGCGUCAACAAGGGCCUGCUGUUCGUCCCUCCUGACAUUGAUCGGCGCACCGUGGAGCUCCGUCUGGCAGAUAACUUCAUCCUGGAGGUGGGCAGGGUGGACUUUGCCAACAUGUCAGGCCUGGUGGAACUGACUCUGUCCAGGAACACCAUCCACACCCUGCGGCCCCUGGCCUUCGCUGACCUGGAGAGCCUGCGUUCACUCCACCUGGACACCAACCGGCUGACCAUAGUGGGGCCAAGAGACCUGUCCGGACUGACCAACCUACAGCACCUCAUCAUCAACAACAACCAGCUGACCGACGUCUCCGCCGAGGCCUUUGAUGACUUCCUGCAGACGCUGGAGGAUCUGGACCUGUCCUACAACAACCUAAGGAAGGUCCCUUGGGAUGCCAUCCAGAACAUGGCUAGCCUGCACACCCUUAACCUGGACCACAACCUCAUAGACCAGAUCGCUGAGGGCUCCUUCGGUGAACUCUACAAGCUGGCCCGCCUGGAUAUGACGUCCAACCGGCUGCAGACACUGCCUCCCGACCCCUUGUUCUCCCGCUCCCAGACGGGCAUGGUCAGCCCCACGCCCUACAGCACUUUUAUCAGCCUGAGCUUUGGGGGGAACCCCCUGCACUGUAACUGUGAGCUGCUGUGGCUGAGGCGGCUGAUCCGCAGCGACGACAUGGAGACGUGUGCCACUCCUGUCCACCUGGCCGGGCGCUACUUCUGGUCCAUCCCAGAGGAGGAGUUCACCUGUGAGCCUCCGCUCAUCACGCGCCACUCCAACAAGCUGUGGGUGCUGGAAGGCCAGAGGGCCACACUGAGGUGUCGUGCCAUCGGUGACCCCGAGCCAAUCAUUCACUGGAUCUCCCCUGACGACCGCAUCGUGGCCAACUCCAGCCGUGUGUACUCCUACUACAAUGGCACCCUGGACGUGCUGGUGACCCGUGCCCGUGACGACGGGGCUUACACCUGCAUCGCCAUCAACGCUGCCGGGGAGGCUACAGCCCUGAUAGACCUGAAGAUCAUCCCCCUCCCUCACCGCGGCAACAACACAGUCCCUCUCACCAACCCUCGUGGAGACCCAGGCUCCUCAGACAUUUCCAGUGGGAGAACAGGAGGAGCUGGUAGGAACGGGAAGGGUGGUGGGGGUUCUGUCAAGAACACCACAGGAGAGGGGGAGAGUGGAGAGAGGCGGGAUGGAGACGCCAGUACCAGUGAGCGUUUGGUGGGGGUCCUGGGGGUGACUGCCACCUCUGCCCAGGUGCGCUGGGUCCUGGGCCGGGCCACUGGGCCGUACCUGGUGUGGAUGUACCAGAUCCAGUACAACUGCACUGCAGACGACGCCCUGGUGUACAGGUAAGCUCCUCUCAGCAACAAAGCAAUUCUGCACAUCCUGAGAGCCAGUUCCCAAUUGGCCAAGCAUGAACAGAUCAUCAAUGAGGCUAGAUGCAAAACACAAAAUACCUGUGUGUUCUUUUCAAUUGUAAUACUGUGAUGUACAAAAACGCCCCUGUGGUUUUACAUUUACCGGAGUUCUCUGAGUGUUCUUGAAUCCCAGGGACCAGGGGUGAUGAACAUGACACACCAUCCCUGACUCAUGAAACAAAGGAGAGCAGGCAUAGUGGACUGUAAAAGAGGGCAAGGUAUUUAUAGAGGGAUCGGAAGGGAGAUGGGGCAGUGGAAGGAGAGAGAGCCUGAAGACUCUGGGGAAAAGGAGGAUGAACUCUUUAUAAGAGCGCAAGUUGCAGCUCUGAGGACAGUGUCACAUUCCAUUCCGCUGACUGAAAUGGAGAUAAAUAGGGAGAUGGGGGGUUGGGUCUAGGGAACACUGAACCCACUCACUUCAGUUUGUGGAGGUAGGGAGAGGUACCUAAAUAGAGAUGCAGUGUUUUAUAUAAAAUACUGAAUGAUUCUCAAGGACUUGUCAGGACAUUGUGUCGACAAACACACUGGCACGCACACGGAAUGCUGUCAGAAUGAAAAUGAAAAACCGGAAGAAAGCCUCCCAAUCCGUCAUCUCAAGCUCUCACUCUUGUUUAUCCACUCUCCUUUAACCUUCUUCUUUUCUUGGGAACUGUAUCUCCAGCCUGUCAUGUUCAUGGAAUAAGUCAUCAGGGAACAUGUCAUUUUGUUCAAUCAAACACACUCAUUGCAGGAGAACCUCUGUAUGACCAUGGACAAUGGAGAGGAGAGAGAAAAAAGAAGAGCAGAUAAAUUGAAUCAUUGUGACAAUGUACUGCACAGGCAGAUUGAAGUGAUGGUUAGUCUCAUACCCUUGAGAAAGUAGCCAAGAUGAUUUACCUCUUCAUCCUUCUCCCCUGAUGAUGUCAGACAUGUUAUCAAACAUUUCAUGCCUCAUAAUUCACUGACGUCCCAAAAAGGACAGGUGAACUGCUUGUUAAGCCUUCUAAGAUCAAAGUAAAAACUAUGCAAAUACACAAUUUCGGUGCCUAACAUAUGCCAAGGCAUAUGUAGUCGUCAUUACUAAAUUAAAGAGGGAUGACAGCAAACAUUAAUUUCUACCGUCCCUGGGACUGCAUCCCUAAUUUGUUUGAACAGCAUAUCCCUGUGAGAGCUUUUCAAUAGAGCUUACAAUUCAAAGUUAUUCACCGAAUAUAAACCCAUGGAGAUAAUAGCUUGCAUAUUUGGAGUUAAUGUUCCGAGUAAAGCCCAUCUUUCAAAUGUUCAUUAUAAUGUCUGAAUGUAAACAAGUAAAUGUAUUAACAAAGUGAUUUGUAACCCAAAGCUGGAGAUAACUUGAGGAUAGUGUGGAGGAAUGAGGUAGAGCAAGGGUACAAGGAAGGUUAACUGCCAGCCAGGUGAGAUUAAAGGCAGGGAGACGGGGAGGGGUCAAAUAUUUAAGACGCUGGAGUGUUUGCAGUCUCUUCCUGGCAUAGAUUGUUUGGGCGGGGGUGGUGGUAAUUAGGGUGUGAUUACGUGUCAUUGCCUUGGCCAGCUCAUUGCUUGGCAUGACACAUUUCUGAGGAGGGGGAAAAGUUUGGUAAAUAGACUCUGCUUCCUGUUAUCCUGAAUAUCCUUCACAGUCUCUAUUGCCCUUUUUCCACUACAGCAGAGUAUUAUUGAUUAAGGCCAUUUCCACAACAAAGGAGCAGAUCCGACGCCUCCUCCCUCUUGCUGGCUGCUCAUUAUCAUCAUUACCGCUUAGGAGUUGUACUGUAGAUUAUUGCAUUUCAUUCGAUUUAUCUCCACCUUCUAGCCACUUUCAGAUAUCCUCUUUCACUGCUCAGAAAAUGGCUCAAUGUUAUUUUCUCUUUUACACCCUCACCCUUCCCUGUCUGUUAGGAUUCUGCCUCCUACAAGCAACUCUUUCCUGCUGAAGAACCUGGUGUCUGGAGCAGACUACAGCCUGUGUGUCCUGGCCAUCUUUGACGAUGAGGUGUCCACCCUGGCCACCACCAAGGUCCUGGGCUGCACCCAGUUCAGCACCAAGGAGGACUUCCCAGAGUGCCGUUCCCUGCAGGCCCACUUCCUGGGCGGCACCCUGACGGUCAUGGUGGGCGGGGUCAUCGUGGUAACUCUGCUGGUGUUCACCGUGGCGAUGAUGGUAAGGCACCGCGUCUGUGGAGACUGUCGAGACGAGGGCCACUACCCUGCCCAUCACAAUGACGACUUCCUGCCCUCCAAGGAAGGAGUGGACGUUUACGCUCAGACCAACGGAAACGGGAGUGUGAUGAUGGUGGCUCUGUCCAACAGCAUUCUUGGCCAACAAGCUAAGCCCCUGCCGUCGAAAAUCAGACCCCAAGCCAAGAACAAGCCCGGGAAACUGCCAAAGCUUGACUCCAAUCAGCUCAGUGGGGAGGGAAAGGCUGAGAAGCCGGGCCUGAAGAUGGCCGUGAGGGGGAAAGGAUUCCCCCCUUUCACCCUUGAGCGUGAGAGAGUGACACUGUACUACUCCCCUGCCAACACCUCCCAGACCUUACCCCAUCCCCGAGUUCACAAGGCCCAGAAACACUCAGGCAAGCUCAAGCUGCGCCGCUUUGAGGAGAAGGAGAGAGACUUGGACAAAAUGGUGAGCUCCAGAUGCAGCCUAGACUCUGAGGCCCAGGGGGAGGAGUCGGAGCACGUGAAGGACUCGAGGAGGGGCGAAUACCCGCCACUAGGGCCGACACGCAGCUGCUCCUUUGACAUGGGCGAGAUCACCACGACAACCUGCUACGGAUAUGCGAAGCGACUGAGUGUGAUAUGGACCAGGAGGAGCCAGUCGGUGCAGGGCAUGCUGGUCCAGUGCGCCUCAACGGCCAGUUCAGCGAGCAGCACAGGCAGCGACCACCACCCCCCAGCCCUCACUCAUGGCUACCUGCACGCCUACAACACCUCAAACUCCAGUGUGGCUGCCAACAUUGGAGACCUGGAAGAGAGUGUUUUAUAG